AUGCCCAGAGGGACCGUGGCAGUGGCUCUGGGCUCCGAGGGGAGGUCACUGACCUUGGCAAUGGUUAGGGGAGUGCAGGGUCACCUCCUGGCCACAAGCAAGAGAACCACCACGUGGGGAGGGAGGGUCCUCCUGGCCAGCCCUGCCCUGUCAGUGCUGCGUGUGGAGGGCCACACUCCAGACCAGAGAGGGCGCUGGGCCAGCAGGGGACGCCUCCCACAAUGCAUUCUACUCCCCGUUCUUCGUAAAAAGGCAGCACCCGCCGAAGGGCACGGGGCAAAGCUCGCCUCAGAAAUGGGAGCAAGAUCCUUUGCUGAGGAAAGCAUGAAGGACAUCAGUUCUCACUAA